AUGUCCACAGCCAAUGAAAUAAAACCCGCCAACGAUGGCGAUGCUACAAGUAAGGCCGACAGCCAAGUCACCGCUGAAUCAGCGAUCCCCGAAGGCCCAACUGACAGCCAUGUGCUGUCCCAAGUCGAACAGGAUGAAAAAGGUCUUGCGCAGAAAGCUGGCGACACAGAGGAAAUUACCAAUGUUGGAUGGGGUGUCUCACCCAACAAUAUUGGAGAGCCUUUAGUUGCUGGGUUGUCAAAUGAAGACCUGUGGAUGCUAAUUAGGCGAUUCGACAAGCAAGUCUACAGAGUCAAAGCUGUGCCUGAUGCUCCCCUCCAAAACCUGGAUCUGACACGAACGGACGAUGAUGAAUUCUCUCCGGAUAAGCUCCGGGCUACGAUAGAACGAUUCUACGUCACAGUCGUCGUGGGAUUAACCAGCUGUAUCAAACAUAUCGCUCGACUUCGGUCCUGGAAGGAGCCGCGACGAACGGCGAUCUUUGGCACGAUUUACCUCGCUGCAUGGCUUCUCGAUCUACUAGCGCCGACCAUGCUAGCAGUUCUACUCGCCCUAGUGGUCUACCCACCAUUGCGACCACUGAUGUUUCCCCCAGCGCCAAUAGCUCUCGUGGACAAAGAUACGGGCGGUGUACAAAAGCCGAAAGCAGGAAUUCUUGGCUCCCACGACAGCAUCACUGGUGCGCCGGAAAAAUUCAAGGGUGAGGCAGCUGAGCAGGAAGCAAGUAACUUGGUAGCAAGUGUCGCUAGCGUGACCGUGGGCAGCGCAGUCGGGAAGCAUGAUCAAGGCGUACCCGAUGAUGCACCCUUUGAAGAUGACGUACCUGAUGCUAUGGAUAUUGUUGCCAAUACCGCUGAUGCACAAAGUGCCGCGCAUGGGGGAGUGCCGACUGACACUCAUGACAAAACGCGACAACCCAUGCGACAGGGCGUGAUGGAUGCUGCGAACUUUGCUAUGCAAGCCGUGGGUGAUAUCACGGAUACCUAUGAGAAACUAGGAAAUGCUCUAUCGGCAACAACUCCAUUCCCUCGACUGAAGCCUCGUCUACGUCUAGCAGCCGUGCUGGGUCCAGCAUGCCUGCUUUCAUUACUGACAACAAGUUAUGUUUUUAUGAAGAUCUGUACGCUUUUGGUUGGAUUUUCGUUCUUCGGGGACCCGGUGAUCAGACGAGGAAUAAGAUAUCUGAACCGCCAGUUCCCGAGGUGGCAGAAAAUAAUCGAGUUGCAGAACUCUCUACUCAAAGGCAUUCCAACAAACGCCCAGGUGGCCGUCACGCUUCUCCGCAUCGGCGAAGCCAAUGCAUCACCACUACCACCUCCCCCGACUUCACAAGAAAAAGCACCCUCACGCCCAGCCUCAUUACACCACGAGGAGCUAACUCUCGGAGCAACUGAUGCAGAAAUCAAAGAUGCAGCAUUAGUCAGGCCUGAUAAUGACAACAUCCCCGAAACCCAUUCCGAGGCAGAGAAGAACCACAAGAAAACACUAGCGUCAAGAGUGCUAGGAUUCUUCCGAGGAACGACAGCAAGCGGCGUCGAAAGCAAAAGAGGCAUCGACCGCGUACGAGCAGCGGUUGGCUCACGACAUGCAAAGAACCGAGUCGGUGUCCUGCGCCAGAAGGGCAAAAUGAUAACACCCAUCGGGCCAGUAUCAUUUGAUGCUCGCUACAAAGGAAAACGUGGGACAGCGGUUAUAGACUCGACGAAGGAGCCCGCACUUCUUUACUUCACAACAGACACACCGCAGAACGGAGACAUAGAGCUAGAACAUCGAAAGGCUGGAUCCGUUCUGUUUACAAUGCCCGUUUCUGAUAUCCAGGAAAUGAGGAAGCUGGGUGGACUGGGAUGGAAAGGGAAGUUGGUUGUUGGGUGGGCGCUUGGUAGUAAAGAGGUUGUUGAUGGGUUGCUACUUACUGGGAAGAAGCCUGGGCAGACGUAUCAGCUUACGGCUAUGGGGACGAGAAAUCAAUUAUUCAAUCGGCUUAUUGCUAUCGAUGGACAGGUUUGGGCUAGCUGUUGACCUUCAUGGACAGGAUGCAUGCUAAAACGAUACCAGGUUUGGAGGUAAUUUCCCACGUGUUUCUGUUUAUGGCAAUUAUGUACAGUGGGCUUGCACAUUUGUGUCAAUGAAUGUACAGAGCGGG